AGCCGCUGCUGCGCCGACGCGAGCGCGGGGCUGGGGCGGGCGUGCUCAGUCUGGCGGCGGCCGUGCGCGGACUGACAGACGUGCCGGAGCGCAGCACCGCCCGCAGCCCAGCAGCCCGGGCCGCGCCCGCCCGCCAGUCCGCCGACCAUGGUGUCGUGGAUCAUCUCCAGGCUGGUGGUGCUCAUAUUUGGCACCCUUUACCCUGCAUAUUAUUCCUACAAGGCUGUGAAGUCAAAGGACAUCAAAGAAUAUGUCAAAUGGAUGAUGUACUGGAUUAUAUUUGCUCUUUUCACCACAGCAGAGACAUUCACAGACAUCUUUCUUUGCUGGUUUCCAUUCUAUUAUGAGCUAAAAAUAGCAUUUGUAGCCUGGCUGCUGUCUCCCUACACAAAAGGAUCCAGCCUCCUAUACAGGAAGUUUGUUCAUCCCACUCUGUCCUCAAAAGAAAAGGAAAUUGAUGAUUGCCUGGUUCAAGCAAAAGAUAGAAGUUAUGAUGCCCUUGUGCACUUCGGGAAGCGGGGCUUGAAUGUGGCAGCCACAGCGGCUGUGAUGGCUGCUUCCAAGGGACAGGGUGCCUUGUCGGAGAGGCUCCGGAGCUUCAGCAUGCAGGACCUUACCACCAUCAGGGGUGAUGGUACCCCUGCUCCCUCAGGUCCCCCUCCACCAGGGCCGGGGCGGGCCAGCAGCAAACACGGUCAGCCCAAGAUGUCCAGGAGUGCUUCUGAGAGUGCCAGCAGCUCAGGCACCGCCUAGAAUCCUUCGAUCCCGCUUCAGGAAGAAAAGUACCUCAUCCUCGGCCACUGAAACCACGUGAGAUGAGCCAACAGCACCGGAUCCACAGAAUGUUUCUUCUCUGCCUUAAAGAGCUAGUCAUUAAUAACAGAAAUCCGCAGGCUGGGUUUGCUUUGAGUGUGUAGCCUCACAGACAGCCUUUACUCGCUCCCCUCUUCCGUCUUAUAAUUUUUUUUUCUUUUCUUUUUAAAAAAUUUUUUUGACCGGGGAGAGGCUAAAGGGAAAAGUUGGGAAUGACAGGUGAACUUUAAGUUUUGGGGGGUUAGUAAUUUUCCACAAUGGGCUCGGCAUUUUAAAUGGUAGUGUUUUUAGAAAUGUAAGCUCCCCAGUGCUGCUGAGAUGUACAUCUGUAAUUUAUCUGUUGCAUAGUUUUUAGUCCUGUAAAUGCAAACGAAGUGAUUUUUUUAAAACCUUUUUUGUUGUUGUUUUUGGUACUAAUACAUUGGGACUAUGAUGUACAUAUUUAUGGCUUUUGGCUUCAUGUAAUGAACUUGCAAGGGCGCCAGAGGCUCUAAGUGAGAGAACCGCAAAAACAGAAAUGUAAACAGUAUUUUGAGUCUAGGCAAUGUCUCCGAUAUGCUUGUAAAGCUUCCAAAUCCAGCACUAUAAAGCAUCCCUUUUCCUGCAGGAAGAUGGUCCGUGUUCUUCAGAUGUUUGUAUAGUCUGCAGGGCAGCACUGAGUCAGGAGUGCACACGAGGUUCAACAACAGGGACAAGGGUUGGAGAGGUCAGAGAAACAGCCGAGGACACGGAAGGGUAGGGAAGCUCAGCUUCCCUUUCCUCCUUCAGAGCUCCCGGGCCCUUGCAGGGUGGCGUUAACACUGCCUCAGGCAGGUGGCUCACCCUUAGUAGAAGUGUUUGGGAGAUGGAGACUCAGAGCCGUAGGAAGAAUUUUGAGCGUCUCAGAAGUGCUGGGCAAAUAAAUAUUUCUUCCUCACAGUGACCAGUGCUGUGCUUAAUUUCCCCAAGAGGAGCCUACAAUUUGAGUACCUUAUUUGAGAGAAUAUUAAGCAAAAAAAAAAAAAAAAAAAAAAAAAAAAAAAAAAA